GUCUCUCAGUCAAAUCUUCUGGGAGAAAGAAAGAUACCUCUUUUCAUCAAUUUUUAGACAACAAAGAACAAUCUCUCUCUUUCUCCUUCAUAAAACUUGAAAACCCACUCGAGCAAGAAGAGAACCGACUCAGGCAAUCGCUACUUUAGUUUCUUUGUUCACCGAAGUUCAAAGUGUUUUGAGUAAUGGGAAUUGAAGGAGAGAUGAGUAAUGGUGGUUUGAGCAUUGAUGAGAAAGAAGGGUUGAUAGACAAAGAUGAAGUCUUGCUCCGUCGAAUGAAGAAUCGAGAAAGACAACGUAGGUAUAGAGCGAGGAAACGGAUGCGGGAAGAAGAAGCGGGUAUCGAUGAGAAUCUUUCGUUUGAGACAAUGGGACAACAGGAAGAAGAAGAGGAACUAGAGUUUAGUGGACCUAGUGGUUAUGUUGAGAACUUUGUGCAGCGUGUUUAUUGCGAUAGAGAUUGGAAAAAAGAAGCUAGAAGAGCUCAUUUGUUUAUGAACAAGGCUCAAGAUGGUUCUUGUGAGUCGCUUAAAUGGAAGAUAAGGCGGCAUGGAAGAGAUUGGAAAGCUGAAGCUAGAAAGAAGAAAACUUGAUUCUUGAGGAUUGGUUUGGUCAGGUUGCUAGAGUAUCUUGCGAAGUUGUUGAGGAUGAGAAUCCACUAGCAAAACAGAUUUGAGAUUAAAAAUCUUUUCAAUAGUUCUGUUUUUGUAUAUGGAAAUGAUCAAGGCAAAAGCAAGUGAUUUGCUCUUCCUUGUCUGUGACUCUUGUGUAUUCGAAGAUCCAUGUAGUAUACUAAGUUUUUAUGUGUGUUUUGUCCAGUGUAACUUUAGAGGA